CCUUCUUGCGCUAGAGCGUGGCUCGCAUUCUCUCUUUGACCGUGCUACUGAUCGGAUCUGUUUUUGCAGACUCAGCUUUCCAUUAUUGUCCGUUAUUGCAAACGAUGGAGCGAAAAGCUAUCCUCACGCACGUGUACGUCGGAAAUCUGGCGCCCAACGUAAACGACCAGCUGCUACGCCGCUACCUUUCGAAGACCGGGACCGUAAUAUCAGCGAAGAUCACACGAAAUGCAAUGACUGGAGAGUCCUUGUUGUACGGCUCGGCCGUGUUCGCGACCACUCGGGACGUCCAAAAUGUGAUCCGCCGACUGAACGGAAAGGUGUUCCACGACAAGCCGCUGCUGGUGUGCUCGUAUGGGGACUGUUCGAGCGAGCUGCACCACUACCAGCGCACUGUCGUAAUCGGCAACAAGGAGCAGUACCUAACGCAUAGCGCCAUUUGCAAGCGGUUCGCACCGUACGGCCGAGUUCUGUUGUGCAUGCAGCCCAAGAUCCGGCACCGUCCGUCCAACGCUGUGGUCGUACUGUUAGAAUCAGCGGAGGUAGCUAGUCUUGUUAUGAAGACCCGCCACGGCUGCUGGUUUGUCAAAACAUACCGGGAGCGAAUGAAUGAGGUUCGCUGGAGAACGGAGACAUCCGAGCUCGAGCCCAAGCGGAAUCCCUCGCAUGGUGCUACCAGUAGUGAAAGAAAAGUACGUGGCGCGCGAUCGGACGAUCCGAGGCCAAGUCAGGCUGUUGUACCCAAACUCAACGUCGCUACCAGACAACAGGCCGGGCGUUUUGGUCGCAAAGCUUCCAAAGCUCCUGGAAUUGAAGAUGACGAUGCAGUGUUUAAAAUCUUUGGAAAUCUGGUUCUCAACGAUGAUGUAUUCCAAUAAUAAUAACGAUCAAUAUUCAUUGAUUUCUACAUACACUGAGGGCCUUUGAGCACUACAAUUUUAUUAAUAUCCCAUUUGAUAAAACUAUUCAGCUCAAUGUUAUUUCGCGAACUCUACUUUGAUUAUAAUAACGCAGCAUUCUUAUUGAACUAUUAAACUUUAAUAUUAUCUAAUAUAUUCAACAACAGCUUCUGUUAGUUCAA